CGAGGAGGAAAUAUUGAAGCAUUGAGCGAGCAAUCGAUCAAGCAACCUUCGUUGUCGUCGGCCCGGCGCCUUUACCUCCGCAUUUUUCUUUGCACGCAGACACCCUACCUCCCUCGCUUCCUCCCUAGCCAUCCUGUCUCCCUCGACCGGGCUCGCGCCGCCUCGCCGCUGACCCCGAUGGCAGGUCGUUUCGUGCGCGCGUCGAAGUAUCGACACAUAUUCGGCAAGCCCACCAGGAAGGAGUUCUGUUACGACAACCUGCACAUCAGCCGCAAUGCCUGGGACACGAACCUAGUCAAGGUCAACCCGGACUACCUCUCGGUCAACUGGGAGUCCAGCGGCGGCGGCGCCUUCGCCGUCAUCCCCCUGACGGAGCGGGGCAAGGUGCCCGACCAGAUCCCGCUCUUUCGCGGCCACACCGCCGCCGUGCUCGACACCGACUGGCACCCCUUCAACGACCGCCUCAUCGCCUCAGCCUCGGACGACGCCAAGGUCUUCAUCUGGCAGGUCCCCGAGGGCUUCACCCUGUACACGGACGCCGAGGAGCCCCAGGAUGUCGCGCCGCUCAGCCGCCUGUCGGGCCACUCGAGGAAGGUCGGCCAGGUGCUGUUCAACCCCGCCGCUGAGAACAUCCUAGCGUCGGCCUCGGGCGACCUGACCAUCCGCCUUUGGGACGUCUCGACGGGCCAGACCCACGUCACGCUCAAGCACCCAGACAUCGUGCAGAGCCUGUCGUGGAGCGCCGCCGGCAACCUGCUGGCCACCACGUCGCGCGACAAGAAGUUGCGCGUCUGGGAUGUGCGCCAGGAGAAGCCCGUCCACGAGGCCCCCGGCCACACGGGCGCAAAGAACAGCCGCGUCGUCUGGCUCGGCGAGCACAACCGCUUCGCUACCACGGGCUUCUCCCGUAUGAGCGAGAGGCAGCUCGCUCUCUGGGAGCCUGGACAGACCGAGCCCAUUGGGGGCUUCCACACCCUCGACUCCAUCUCGGGCGUCUGCAUGCCUUUCUGGGAUGAUGGCUCAAACUGCUUGUACCUUGCCGGCAAGGGUGACGGCAACAUCCGAUACUUUGAAUACGAGAACGACAAGUUCGAGUUCCUUUCCGAGUACAAGUCGCCCGACCCCCAGAGAGGCAUUGCCUUUGUGCCCCGUCGCGGGAUCAAUGUGCACGAGAACGAGGUUAUGAGGGCGUACAAGACGGUAAGCGACGCCUACAUCGAGCCCAUCUCGUUUACGGUCCCGCGGAGAGCCGAGACGUUCCAGUCGGACAUUUUCCCACCCGCCACUGGGCUCAAGGCUGCCAUGUCGGCCAGCGAAUGGAUUUCGGGCAAGACGGGACUGCCUCCCAAGAUCGACCUGGAGAGCGUCUACGAUGGCACCGCCCCCGUCGAGGUACCCUCGGACUACAAGGCACCUGCGCCCACACUGGCAACCGCCCCCGCCCCCACGCCCGUCGCGCAGGCACCCGUUCAAAAGGAUAAAGAGCCCGAGUUGAAACCGGCGGUGCGGUCGCCGCCGCCCUCGGUCGGCGAGCAGAAGCAAUCGAUCGCGGCCAUGGCCUCCAAGUACCAGGACAACGAGGAAGACGACAGCAACGCGAACGGAGGGGACGACGAUGGGGGCGACACGUCGAGCUUUGAGGAGGUGUCGAGGCCAGCCCCGCGCGCCGCUGUGGUGCGACCGGAUCCGAAGCCGCCGUCGCCGGUCAAGGCCGCCGCGCCGGCCGUAGCGCACCGGACCUUCUCGCCACCGACAACGACAGCGGCAGAGGGUUCGGUUGUUGAGACCUCGCUGGGGCAGAUCAAGCAGCUCCUGGAGGCGCAGACCAAGAUCAUCAGCGAGCAGAGCGACAAGAUCGGCCAUCUUACCGCCGAGGUCGAGACGCUGAAGAAGAGGAUCGGGGCUGGCUCCCAGGACCAGAGCGAGCGCAUCAGGCAGCUCGAGCUCGAGCUUGAGGCAGCGCGGUCCUAGAAGAGGCAGGGGAAGGAUAAGCAAAAGCGAGGAGGAUCUGGCCAAGACUGGGUCCUACUUAAUUUAGCCUUCUGAGCGAGGCGACGCGUGGGGACGGGUGAGAAGAACAAAAGAAUGGGAGGAUAUAUAUCGACGAACAAACAGGAUGGCGAUGAACAAAUCAAGCCAGCUUGUUCUGUCAUAUUGGCUUUCUUUCUCUCUAGCGAGCGCAUUUUAACACCACCCUCGAUCCGUUCCCUGUUUGCCCUUGGCUCGGGUACCAUCUUUCUUCUAGACUCGUUCCUUGCUGCCCCUCCUCCUCGCCGCCUGUCUUGCUCGGCGAAACUUUGGGCGGCCGGCCAGGCCGACUUGGAUGUAUUUAUCAGACUUGUUGUGUUUCCCCUUCUUUUCUCUGUGUUUUUUUUCCUGAAGGGUUCCAGACUGGAAGCCUACCCACCUACCUACUACCUACCUAUCUAGCAAGCAAGCACGUCGACUGCAACAUUUCCGUGUCCAUCAAUCAAGCUGCGUGGCUAUCUAUAUGUACGUUUCUAUUGUGCGUGCGUC